UAAGGCGCAUGCGCGGCGUGCUCGGCUGCCAGGACUCAGGAGUCAGCGACAGCGGCAGUAGCGUGGCAGCCCCGGAGUGCGCAGGCGCCUCUCUCACACGUGUCUCUCUGUAUCCCAUCAUCACCUCUACCACCUUGCGGGAGGCCCGGUCCCAGGUGCUCUGCUGCAGCCACAAGACAUGCUGCCUUUCUCUUUACGGCGCUUGGCCCAGCCUCUACGGAGAUGCUGCCAUGUUCGGGCCCAGCACACACAGCCAGCAUCCCAGGCUGGGAACCAGUGGAAUGGACAAGAAAGUCUGUCAGAAAAUGACCCUGAAAUGUGGAAUCUUGUGCAGCAGGAGAAGGACAGGCAGUGCCGUGGUCUGGAGAUGAUCGCCUCUGAGAAUUUCUGCAGUCGAGCAGCUCUGGAAGCCCUUGGAUCCUGUCUUAACAAUAAAUAUUCUGAGGGUUACCCUGGGAAGAGGUAUUAUGGGGGGGCUGAAGUGGUGGAUAAAAUUGAGUUGCUGUGCCAGCAGAGAGCUUUGGACGCAUUCAGAUUGGACCCGCAAAAAUGGGGUGUAAAUGUGCAGCCGUAUUCUGGUUCUCCAGCCAACUUUGCAGCAUACACAGCUCUGCUGCAACCGCAUGACCGCCUCAUGGGGCUUGAUCUUCCAGAUGGAGGACACCUGACUCAUGGGUACAUGUCUGAUGUGAAACGAAUAUCUGCUACCUCCAUAUACUUUGAGUCCAUGCCUUACAAACUCAAUCCAGCAACGGGGUUAAUAGACUAUGACCAGCUGGAGGUGACCGCCCGCCUCUUCCGCCCCAAACUCAUCAUUGCUGGGACCAGUGCCUAUGCUCGAUUGAUUGAUUAUGCCAGGAUGAGGAAGGUGUGUGAUGAUGUGAAGGCCUACCUCCUGGCAGAUAUGGCUCAUAUCAGUGGUCUAGUAGCAGCGGGUGUCAUCCCAUCUCCCUUUGAUCAUGCUGAUGUAGUCACCACCACAACUCACAAGACCCUACGGGGAGCCAGGUCAGGGCUUAUAUUUUACCGAAAAGGCACAAAAUCUGUGGAUAAGAAAACUGGAAGAGAAAUCCCGUACAACCUUGAGGAUAAAAUAAAUUUUUCGGUUUUCCCUUCCAUCCAGGGAGGACCUCACAAUCAUGCAAUCGCAGCGGUGGCAGUUGCAUUAAGACAGGCCAGUACUUCCAUGUUCCGUGAAUAUGCCAUACAGGUCCUUAAAAACGCCAAGUCUAUGGCAGCAGCCCUACUCGAGAAGGGUUACACACUAGUAUCAGGAGGAACUGAUAAUCAUCUGGUUUUAGUAGACUUGAGACCCAAGGAUAUGGAUGGUGCACGAGCAGAGAGGGUGCUAGAACUUGUGUCUAUAACUGCCAACAAGAACACAUGUCCUGGAGAUAAGAGUGCUCUCACUCCUGGAGGUCUGCGGCUAGGUGCCCCUGCUCUUACAUCCCGGAACUUCAGAGAGGCCGACUUUGAAAAAGUGGUUGAUUUUAUUGAUGAAGGUAUCCAGAUUGGGCUCGAUGUGAAGAGCAAGACAUCCAAGCUCCAAGAUUUCAAGAAUUUUCUUCUUGAAGACCACGACACAGUGCAGCGGAUUGCAGAUCUACGUCAGCGUGUAGAGAAAUUUGCACGUGUGUUCCCUAUGCCAGGAUUUGAGGAACGCUAGACAUCUGACUUCUCAUGAGGAGAAAUCUGGACCAUACUGCUCUCUGCCAUCUCCUGUCCUGUCUCUUUAAUAAAAACCUCUCCAUUUACUUACAUCACGUUACAUUCUUCAUGCGCCUUUCCUCUCUCCUCUGAUUGUGGUGCAGCCCACUUCCACCACGACUUCAGAUGCUCACUUUCAUUCAGUAACGUGUAGACUCAGUGUCUAGGGACUCAAUAAAAGCAGUAACAUCCA